GGGAAUUAUCCAAUCCUGCGAUAAGUCCUCCCACCGAGCGUCAUCAAAAUCCAAAAGCCAUUCGUCCACCGAGAGCGGUCCAACAAAGGUCCGUGGGUGCUGCCAGGGGUCCGAGGAGAGCGGUAGCCAGAGCCGGUGAGAAGAACUAAUGUCUGGAACUGACCAUUGGGUAGCGCUUUGGAAGCCGGGCGGCCAACCCACAAGGUGUCCGAGCUGCCCCCUGGGGCGUGUUGAAAAAUGGACGGCUUUUGAUAGGCUGGGCGGCCAUCCCACAGGUCUAAAGCCGAGUGGGGAGGAGCGGCUAGCUAGUCUUCAAGGGGUCCCAAGUUAACUCCGAAAGGGCGAGCGGCCAUCAGAUCGAGGAUGAGCGGUGAAGGUCUGGCCAAUCUGUGGAGGCUUGAGCAGAACCUUCUACCCACGCCAGACGGGGCAAGGUCUUCUCCAAGACAGAUCUGAUUCCGAUACAGUGUGGCGUCACAGCAAAGCCCCGAGAAUCUCGGCCUGAUCUAAUGCGCUUAUUUGGGCCUCAGGGGUUCCAUCUUCGGUGCGGCAGCUGGGGCGACAUGGAACCGAGGAUGAGGCAUGCCCGGUGGUCUGAUUCCGAGUUAUGAGGACAGAUGCUCUAGCUGGGAUCAACACCUUCAUCCCCUGUUUACGGGAGCAAACAACACCAUAUAUUCCCACCAUGUACAUCCCUGUCGAAGGAAUGGGUGGCUUUAUUUGCCGAGCGUCUUCUAUGCCGGACGCAGGACGUCAGCGCUGGAUAGUGUCCAAGAGACCAGAACUCAGAGCGGCCAGUCCACCAGGGUUCGAUCUGUUUAGGGGACGGGCGGAGUUGACCGCUGGGUGGUGUUUUUAGGAGCCGGGUGGCCACUUCGCCGGACGGCGUUGAGCAUUGAGCAGGUCUUUGGAAGCCGGGCGGCCAGCCUACAGGUUCCUUGUUGUCACCUGAAGUGCGUUGAGAACCGAGCGGUGGUAUCACCAGUUAAUGAGCUGAUCUGGUCAGCCGGAAUCGUAUUGUGUCUCUCGAGCGGCGUUAAGCCGAAGGCUGAGCGUACUGAGUGUCAGUGUCCCCAGAACGGGUAGCGUGGCAGUGGUGAUGGCCGAACUGAGCCACUGAGACCGAACAUCGGAACACAACUGGUUCUAAAAUUGACGCUUCAUGGGCGAGCCAAUAUUAUUAGGUUGGUACGCUGAGCUGUGGCGGGCAGUGGAGUGCAUAUCACGUUGUGCGUGCAAUGAUGCUAUUGUGUUUAUAACCGAUCAGAGUUGACCGGUGGGCAGCGCUUCGGACGCCGGGCGUCGGGCAAACAUGGCACCUGAGCUGGCCCCUGGUGCGUUGAAAACUGGGUUGCAUUUGAAAACCCGUGUGGUCAGCCUAGCAGUACUUGCCUCUCUAUCUAGAGACGUACUGGUGUGCUCGGAGGAGACCUCUUUCGGUCAAAAGUUCCGUCUGAGUGAUCUGGGAAGCUCGGUCUCACUUAACGUGAGCUUUCCUUUCGUUAAUGAGAAGACCUUGUUGGAUAAGCUAGCAUCGUUCCCUACGGAAAGAGAGUUGUUGAGGGGCCAACUAGCCUUUGCAGGCAUGCAAUUGAGGCUACCCCAGGCAGAGUGGCAGAGCCGGACGGCUAGCCUUCAUCAGCUUUCCAAGCUGGUCUAGUGACUGUGCGGCAUCGAGAAUCGGGUGUGCCUGUGCGCUGAGUAUUCCAGUGAAAGCAACCAUCUUGCAGUACCGGGCGGCAAGGACAUGCAUGAGCCGAGGUUGGAGACAUGCGGCUGCUCCGACAACAUAUACGGGCAUCCGGCUUGUCCGCUCCAGAUGUCCCUGUGAUUCUACACCUACUGUUUCAUGGAGUAAUUUUGUUUUCACGAAUAUUGAAAACGUCAACUAAUUCUACACCUACUAUUUUGUCGAGAUUCUCCUGUAUCAGUUUCAAGCCAAAAAACGUUUCUGCAGCAGUGGAAAAAGAGGAUUUCGAGAUCUCAAUGUAGAGAUCUUCGAAAUAUAAAAAUUGCAGAAAACGAAAAAAGAGGUAUGCUGCUGGAUCGGUUUUGAAAGGCGAGUCCAACAGUAUGAUUUUUACAAAAUUUCGUUCACAAACGAGAUUACAGGAGCAAAUCUCUACAUAUAGAAAAACUGAAGAAAAAAACAGAGCAGUUCUUCGUUAAAUCCAAAAAUCGCAGACAGAUCCAACCUGUUUCACGCCUCG